GGGCGGUCCCUGGCACAGUGGAGGAAGUGGGGCUACCGCGCGGACUUGGCCUGGGGUUUCUGUUCAGAGCUGCUCCACCAUGUCGAAGGUUUCCUUUAAGAUCACGCUGACGUCGGACCCGCGCCUCCCUUACAAAGUACUCAGCGUUCCCGAAAGUACCCCUUUCACAGCAGUCUUAAAGUUUGCAGCAGAAGAAUUUAAAGUUCCUGCAGCAACAAGUGCAAUUAUUACCAAUGAUGGAAUAGGAAUAAAUCCUGCACAGACUGCUGGAAAUGUUUUUCUAAAGCAUGGUUCAGAACUGCGAAUUAUUCCUAGAGAUCGUGUUGGAAGUUGUUAAUACCCACUACUUGGAACAUAGGAUUACCUUUCAAAAUAAAUACUGGUAUUGUUGUAAAACUGAAAUCGGUCAUUUAAAAUACUAUGAAAACACCAGUUGUUGAUGAAAUAAUGAAAGGUGACUCUCCGCCCCUUCUUGUUGUUCACACUCUUCACGUGAAGAGGAAAUGCUUAAGCAUUGAGGGUAUCACCACAGAAGAUCGUAGUCUUUCAUUGCUACCUCACAACACACACAGGUAGUUCGUUCGGGGUAAAUGGAUUAUCCAGCUGUGUUUUGUAACUGGAGGAUGCUUCCGAUAAUUCUUUCUGAGAACAUUUGGAAAAUUAAAAUUUGCUGAAUCUUCCUAUUUGUCUUUGAGUUAAAAAUUUAAAAGGAUUAUGGAUAGUAUGUGGCAGUUUGCUUGACAGUGUCUGACUUCCAGACUCAAAAAAGUUGAAUUCUUAAUUAUAUAUUGUUUAUGAUAAAGGAUAUAGACAGAUCAAUGAAUAUGUAACUAUCUUAACUUUUUAUCACUUAGUAUUUUUUAAGUUUCAAACUUUAUGUAGUCAUACAAAUUUUAAUAUAAUAUCGAAGAGCCAGAAAUUGAUUUUUUUGAUCUAGCCCUUAUGUAUAAAAUUGAUAUCCCACACCAAAGAGUUUUAUCUAUGAUCUUGCAGAAUUCAAUACUUGUAAUGGUGAGAUUGAAAAUAAAAUCGGAGCAUCCUUUGCUUAGUUAUGCAUUCCUUUACCAGUCUCUUUUAAUACAUCUUUUAAAACAGGAUUCCUCAAAAACCGUUGUCUUUUUGAGUAUAAUAUUUCUAAAUAGCGUUCAGGAAGAGAGUAUUGUAAAGAAGAUCUGAAGUUCACAACAAAGUUCAAGGAAAUGCUAAUUGGAAAUGCUGAUUAAUUAUACUUACUGAAGACCCAACAUUUAAGGAAGUGUUAAGAUUAGUCGCUCAAAUGAAUGACUUGAAAGGAAAGAUGGGGAUGACCGGCUUCUAGUAACACAAGCCAACAGUGAAGGGGAAGAGGAAGCUCAAGCAAAGUGUCACAGAAAUGCCAACUGGGUAGGCGAAACUGCAGAGGCUUUGUUGGGGGGAACUCAAGGGGAAAACCAAACACUUGACAUUGUCAUAAGGAGUGGAAGGCAAGUAGAGAAAAAAAAGUAUAGGCUUUGUCAGAAUACAGAUUUCAAAGUUCCCCUUAUGAGAAUCCAACGACUGAGGUGCAUAAGGGAAGAUUGUAUUUGCCAUUACAGAGGAAUCAGUAGCUAUGCAAAUCUUGGAAGAUGAAAUGAAGGCUCGUAGUGCUUCAGAAUGAGUGCUCACCCGGCUCUAUUCCAGGUGGUGGGCUCUGUGGAGGCAGGCCUUGUGUUUGUCUUGCUCUUUCUAGACCUGGAAGUAUAGUAGGCUUUCAGUAAAUACUUGCUGAAUUAUUCAUGAAUGAAAUAGCGAUAUGAUCAACUUUUAUCUUGUUUCAGUAUCUUCCCUAUCAUAGACCCUAGGCUCAUUGGAAAAAAAUUGUAAGGAAAUGCAACAGAAUCAGCAUCUGAAGGGUGACAGUAGUAGUUAAGUUUAAGAAAUUAACCAGAUAUUGUUCAUAUAUUUGACAGAUAAAUAGCAGGAUUCUGAAUUGUAAAGGAAAAAAGUCUUUGCUAAGGUUGAAGAGUAUACUUCUGAUGUUUUCGAAAGUUUUUAUUUUUAUAAAGAAAAUUUGAUUCUCAUAGACCCCCAGGUCCUUAACAAUAUUAACUGUCAGUUAACCAGAAAUUUGUGAAUACCCAUUCCCUGAGUUUUUUGUUUAAUUUAGAUUCCCCCCAUUCUAUUUCUAGCACAAAAGCUUCUUGCUGUGUUACAUAAAUAAGUUUAUGAUGUCCUGUACUGUAAUUUGUUUAAUAUUUUUGUUCUUUGGUUUUGAAAAUUUCAUUGUAGUAAGUUCUUAAAUUAAAAACAUUUUCUUAAAGAACUAGCUAUUUUGUUACUAAAUGUGAUCUGUAAGUUCUUUGUGCAGAAUGUUUUGAAGUAUUAUAGUUUAAGUGCAUUAUUGAUACCUAAUUAAUGUCUUAUGAAAAUACAUUUUGUUUUACCAUAAA